AUGGGAAGACAACUCCGUACAACCUUACCAACUUUAUCCAGACAUUUAAAACCAAGAUGGCCGAAUCUUAAAAAUGUGAGGGGAAGGGACAAAGAUCAUAAAGAAAGGACAAAGCAAAAUUUUGAUCACCAUAAUUCCUCACGUGAUUUGAAAGAACUUAACCCAGGUGACAAUAUUAUAGUGAAGUUAGAUUGGGAAAAACGUGGAAUUCCAGGAGUCGUAAUACGCAAAUGUACUCAACCGCGUUCAUAUAUGAUUAGGACAAAAUACGGAUUAUUCCGAAGAAAUCGUAGACAUUUAUUUCUUGCUAAUAAAGUUCGAUUUGCUGCUAAUGCGUUCGAUGAAGAUUUUGAUCCGAUUGAUAUAGAUAUUCGAGUUAACAAUCAUCAGGAUGUGAAUCCACCGGAUCCACCUCCUGAUAUUCCGCAACUUCCAGUUCGUGUAGAACAACCUGUCUUGCGUCGCUCAGGUCGUACAAUUGUUAAACCUGCGCGAUAUCGUGAUUAA